AUGUGGACACUGAAGUCGGACCAUGCAGUCCCGUCUCUGAGCAAAGUCCUGGGCCCGCCGGUGCAAGAUAUCAACCUCGAAAGGAAGGCAGAGAGCGGCGUUGAGUGGUAUGCUCCGACUAUGAGAGACUUGCUAACUGCCCAACUUUUCGUUGACGAUUCAUCAGUCAAUCAAAAAAUUGCUUGUUGGGAUAGACGAAAGACCGUCCGCCAUACCGUAGUACGGAAUAUAAACUUUUAUGAUAGUUAUUACUUCGGCGACAAAAGAGGUCGUACCGAUGGAAGAGUCGAUCGUACUAGCAAAGGGGUAAUCUACCUUGCUCUACGAGACAUUUGCAGUGUCUGCACUCAAUAG